AAUUCUCAACAUUGUCGGCAAGCUCCGACUGUGCUGUCAGGCACCAGAAAACACCCCCAGUCUGUGAGGGCAGAAAUCUCGUUUUAGAAACAGAUCUCACAGGGUCGCAGCUGAUUCCGUUUCUUUGUUUUUCUUUCUAUACUGAUAAUAUUUUAGCACAAUAUUAUAUGAAAACGGAUUAUUCUCAUUUCAAAUUGUGUCCUCGGUGACGCAUGUGUUGUUCAGAAAGGCGAGAGUAAUCGAUCCCCGUUCUUAGGCGGGGAAGAGCAAUGUUUUCAUGCCUGCUGACGAGAUGCGCUAGUCACUCUGCUAUGGCGUCCGCAAUGUCGCUGAUUAAGGAGGGGACAUCAUAGCAUCUCUACUUCGUUCGCUGUAGUGAGAAACACCGAGUGUUUUUUUAUAUGUGUCCAUCUCUUGGCUUGAAUUUAAUCAAAUUGAUCUCUGAACCGGCCAUGACCGUGGAGCAGAAUGUCCUCCAGCAGCAUUCUCAGAAGCACCAGCAGACGCUACUAAACCAGUUGAGGGAGGUCACAGGCACCACAGACGUUCAGCUGCUUCAGCAGGCCCUGCAGGUGAGCAAUGGAGACUUGGCCGAGGCUGUCGCCUUUCUGACGGAGAAGAACGCCAAGGUUCCUCAGCAGGAUGAGACCACCUACUACCAGACCUCCCAGGUCGCCAGCGACAGAUAUAUCAGCGUCGGCAGCCAGGCAGACACCAACGUAAUUGAUCUGACGGGGGAUGAUAAAGAUGACCUGCAAAGGGCUAUUGCCCUCAGCCUGGAGGAAUCCAACAGGGCGUUCAGGGAGACGGGCAUCACUGAUGAAGAGCAGGCCAUCAGCAGGGUUUUGGAGGCCAGUAUAGCAGAGAACAAGGCCAGUCUGAAGCGUACCCACACUGAAGUAUGGAGUGAUUCACCCAACCCACACGACAGAAAGAGGAUAGACACCUGCCCAGUGGGCCUGAAAAAUGUGGGCAACACCUGCUGGUUUAGUGCCGUCAUACAGUCUCUCUUCAACCUGCUGGAGUUCCAGAGGCUGGUGCUCAACUACUCCCCCCCCGCCAGAGUCCACGAGCUGCCCCGCAACCAGAAGGAGCACAGGUACCUGCCCUUUAUGCAGGAGCUGAGGAACCUCUUCUCACUCAUGGUGGGGUCCAAGAGGAAAUAUGUGGACCCCUCUCGGGCUGUGGACAUCCUCAAAGAUGCCUUCAAAUCCAGUGAGUCGCAGCAGCAGGAUGUGAGCGAGUUCACCCACAAGCUGCUGGACUGGCUGGAGGAUGCCUUCCAGAUGAAGGCUGAAGAUGACAGGGAGGGCGAGAAGCCAAAGAACCCCAUGGUGGAGCUUUUCUAUGGCCGUUUCCUUGCUGUGGGUGUAUUGGAAGGUAAAAAGUUUGAGAACACAGAGAUGUUUGGGCAGUACCCUCUGCAGGUUAACGGCUUCAAGGACCUGCAUGAAUGUCUGGAGGCAGCAAUGAUCGAGGGGGAGAUCGAGUCCCUGCACUCUGCAGAGAAUUCUGCUAGAUCAGGUCAAGAGCACUGGUUCACAGAACUGCCCCCUGUGUUGACCUUUGAGCUGUCCAGAUUUGAGUUCAAUCAAGCUCUGGGACGGCCUGAGAAGAUCCACAACAAGCUGGAGUUCCCCUCCAUGCUCUACAUGGACAGGUACAUGGACAGAAACCGGGAAAUAACCAGGAUCAAGAGAGAGGAGAUCAGAAGGCUGAAAGAGCAUCUCACUCUGCUUCAGCAGCGACUGGAGAGGUACCUGAGUUAUGGCUCAGGCCCCAAGAGGUUUCCUCUGGCAGACGUCCUCCAGUACGCCAUGGAGUUUGCCUCCAGUAAGCCAGUGUGCACCUCCCCAGUGGAGGACAUUGACACAUCGGCGCCCCCCGGUGGCACAACAGGUCAACAGUUGCCACAGCCAAGCACAGCCGAGCAGGACUCCUUACCCUCCGCAGAGAGCUCAGGCCUUGCCUCGGGGCCCGCGGCCGCUCCCACUGCAGCUCAGCAGCAGAGAGUACCCAUUCAUAAGCCUUUCACCCAGUCCCGGCUGCCUCCCGACCUCCCCAUGCACCCGGCCCCCCGCCACAUCACAGAGGAGGAGCUGAGGGUGCUGGAGGGCUGCUUGCACCGCUGGAGGAGUGAGGUGGAAAACGACACCCGCGAUCUGCAAGGCAGUAUAACCAGAAUCCACAGAACCAUCGAGCUAAUGUACUCGGACAAAUCAAUGAUGCAGGUUCCUUACCGACUUCAUGCAGUGCUGGUCCACGAGGGCCAGGCCAACGCGGGCCACUACUGGGCUUACAUCUAUGACCCCCACCAGCGCUGCUGGAUGAAGUACAAUGACAUCUCGGUGACCAAGUCAUCCUGGGAAGAGCUGGUCAGGGACUCUUUUGGAGGCUACCGCAACGCCAGUGCCUACUGUCUCAUGUACAUUAACGACAAGAAGCCAUUUCUGAUAGAAGAGGAGUUCGAUAAAGAAACAGGGCAGAUACUCAGCGGCUUGGACAAACUGCCUCCAGACCUCAAACAGUUGGUGAAAGAGGACAAUGAGCAUUUUGACAAGGAGAUCAUGGAAUGGGACACCCUGCAGGCCCGCAAGGCUCAGCAGGAGAAGCUGGCUCUGGCCGCAGCAGCCGCCGCCGCGGCUGCUGCCGCUGCGUCCAGCACUUCCACCUCUUCCUCCUCUCCACAACCAAUGAGCAUCGAGUCCAGCCCCCCAGACAAUUCAGUGCCGCAGCACGACCUGGAGUACAUGGAGCAGCCAUCGCCCACCAAUAACUCCAAGCACCUGCAGGAGGACACAGAGAGGGCCAUCUCCAGGGCAGCUGCAGAGCAGGAGGAGAGGAGCCCCGAGGCCUUGUUGAAUGCAUCACCUCCCCCUCCCUCCUCCCUUGAACCUGAGGUCCAGGUGAGCUCCCCCCCUGCCCCUCCCUCUGACCGGGCCACAGAGGACGAGUCCUCCAGCCAGCGCACAGUCGAGGUGGCAAUCCCUAAUGUGGGGACCUUUGUCAUUGAGUCAGAGGAAGGGGGGUACGAUGACGAGACAAUGAUGACCCCCAACAUGCAGGGUAUAAUUAUGGCCAUUGGCAAAUCCAGCAGCAUAUAUGAAAAGAGUGGGCCUGAGGCUGCCUUUUUUAAGGCCAUAAAGUUGGAGUACGCUCGUCUUUUGAGGUUUGCCCAGGAGGACACGUCCCCCGACAACGACUACCGCCUGCAGCACAUCAUCGUCUAUCUCAUCCAGAACCAGGCACCCAAGAAGAUCCUGGAAAGAACGCUGCUCACACAGUUUGCUGACAGAAAUUUGGCCUUCGACGAGAGAUGUAAGAGCGUCAUGAACGUGGCGCGGGCUAAACUGGACCUAAUUAAGCCCGAGGAGGUCAACAUGGAUGAAUACGAGAUGUGGCAUCAGGACUACAGGAAUUUCCGAGAGACAACCAUCUUCAUGGUGACCGGUUUGGAGCUCUUCCAGAAGUCAAAUUACGUGGAGGCCCUGAUGUAUCUCAUUUACUCGUACCAGUACAACAAGGAGCUUUUGUCCAAAGGGCUGUACAGAGGACACGACGAGGACCUCCUCGGUUAUUUCCGCAGAGAGUGUUUGCUGAAACUGAACGAGCAGGCGGCGGUGAUGUUCGAGUCGGGAGAGGAGCCGGAGGUGAGCACGGGGCUGGGCAUCAUGAACGAGCUGGUGGUGGCCUGCAUCCCCCUGCUGCUGGUCCACGACGUGGAGAGGGACCUGCUGGCCGUGGAGGACAUGAGGAACCGCUGGUGCUCCUACCUGGGCCAGGAGAUGGAAUCUAACCUGCAGGAAAAGCUGACAGACUUCCUCCCCAAGUUACUGGACUGCUCAACGGAGAUCAAAAGCUUCCACGACCCCCCAAAACUACCCAGCUACUCCACGCUGGAGCUCUGUGAACGAUUCAGCCGGAUCAUGUCGGCCCUCGGCAGGGUGCCCACGAUGGGGAGAUGAGCUCCGAGGGCUCUCCUAACCCGCCCGCGCCUUCCUUCCCCAACCAGGGGUCACUCGCUUCUAGCUGUAAUUACUCUUACUCUUUUGCUGCUAUAGGUUUUAUCAUUAUGAGUAUACUUUCACUCUUAUUUUAAAGCAGAAACUCAUUAGAAGGGGGGAGGAGGACAGGGUGGCCUGCUGGGGGAGAAAACGGUGGAAAUCCUGCAAGAAAAAGUUUGAGGCUUUUUUUUUUUUUCCAUAGUUAAUUAUUGUUGUUGCUGUUUGAUCCAAGCUCCCCCAGCCACGCUCACAUCCCCUUCUAAAGCCCCCCCCCCCUACCCCACCCCCCACACCGUGUGCGUGGAAAGGAUCGCCCCGCUGCCCUGCUUCGUUUGGUACAGUAUUACCACGUUUUGUUCUAUUUUUCUAAGGAAGUGAGCAGGACGGCCUUCAGCUUUAUCAGCGGCUCAGAGGAUCUCGGGCCGGUCUCGCGUCUUUGGGGGCCGCGCCAGGAGGAGAUGUUUUAAGUGCUGUGGUAGGCAGCCGUGGACUUUCUGUGGCUUGUUAAUAAAUUGAGAGAAUAAAAUUUUAUUUAUGGCCCUUUUAGGCCAAUUAAACAA